CCCAGUCCCCGUUUGACAGAUGAGAAAACUGGGGCUAGGAGUUUUCAAGUCGCCUAGCUUCUUCGGUUUCGAUGAGCAAGUCCUGACUUUCAGUCACUGCUUGGGUGGGGGCUUUCCUCCUUGUUGAGUGGGUCUCUGGCUAAGGAGACCCGGAUCCCUAGCUUCAGCAAGCCCCUUUUCUGCAGUUUCUAGUUCUCUUCCUGUCUUGUUUCCGUCCUUGCAGGUGGGUUAAAGCUCAUUUUGAAGAGUGGCCCCGGAAAAAAAGAUCCUGGGAGGGAGCCAAAUCUGCUUUAGCCUAGCUGGGGCGCUCUUGGAGGGCUCCUUCCACUCCAUGGCAGAUUUCCUCUUCAGGACAAAGUCAGGAUGGCUCCCUGCCCCUGUCCCUGUCCCCUUAAGCCUCCUGCUAACCCUUUCCUUCCCCCGAAAGAGGAGCCCCACCUCCUCAGAGCAAGGGGCUGGCUUAUGCUAUUUCUGUCCUUUCUGGGAUUCUUCUGAGAACAGAUUCUUGUUUUUAGUCUGAUUCAGAUGUGAAACUUUUCCCGCGGCCUCUCACCCAGUUGUGGGCUGAGUCUCUGCCUCAUCACUCCUUCCUCCAGCCAGGCUCCUCCUGUUCCCCUCCCCUAAAUUCUCUCUGUUCAGUCAGUCAAAGUCACUUUUGCUGAGACCUAGAGAAGGAAGUCAGGGGCCUAAAAGGGAACCACUCCCCUCAGGAGCCCAGGGGCCUGGGGGGGCAGCAUUCUGAUACUCUGAAGUAGAGAACUUUGAUUCCCAUGGCCAGCCCCGUUCCUGUGCGGAGGAGUCACCUCCAGGGGCCCAUCCUCAGGGGGCUUCCUAAUUACCAGCCUCCAUCCAAAUUUGGCUCACUGUUCUUCACCUGGACUUGGGAUCAAGAAGGCAGGUGCUUGCUGGAUUCGAAGGGAGUGAGGCUGCGCUACAUGGUGAAGCAGUUGGAGAACGGGGAGGUAAACAUUGAGGAGCUGAAGAAAAACCUGGAGUACACAGCUUCUCUGCUGGAGGCCGUCUAUAUAGAUGAGACUCGGCAAAUCCUGGACACGGAGGAUGAGCUGCAGGAGCUGCGGUCUGACGCGGUGCCUUCGGAGGUGCGGGACUGGCUGGCCUCCACCUUCACCCAGCAGACCCGGGCCAAAGGCCGCCGAGCGGAAGAGAAGCCCAAGUUCCGGAGCAUCGUGCACGCAGUGCAGGCGGGCAUCUUCGUGGAGCGGAUGUUCCGGAGAACAUACACCUCUGUGGGCCCCACCUACUCCACUGCGGUCCUCAACUGUCUCAAGAACGUGGACCUUUGGUGCUUUGAUGUCUUUUCCUUGAACCGGGCAGCAGACGACCACGCCCUGAGGACCAUCGUUUUUGAGCUGCUGACUCGGCACAACCUCAUCAGCCGCUUUAAGAUUCCCACUGUGUUUUUGAUGACUUUCCUGGAUGCCUUGGAGACAGGCUAUGGGAAGUACAAGAACCCUUACCACAACCAGAUCCACGCAGCUGACGUCACCCAGACGGUCCACUGCUUCUUGCUCCGCACAGGGAUGGUGCACUGCCUGUCGGAGAUUGAGGUCCUGGCCAUCAUCUUUGCUGCGGCCAUCCAUGACUACGAGCACACUGGCACCACCAACAGCUUCCACAUCCAGACCAAGUCGGAGUGUGCCAUCCUGUACAACGACCGCUCAGUGCUGGAGAAUCACCACAUCAGCUCGGUUUUCCGAAUGAUGCAGGACGACGAGAUGAACAUCUUCAUCAACCUCACCAAGGAUGAGUUUGUAGAGCUGCGGGCUCUGGUCAUCGAGAUGGUGUUGGCCACAGACAUGUCCUGCCAUUUCCAGCAAGUGAAGUCCAUGAAGACAGCCUUGCAGCAGCUGGAGAGGAUUGACAAGUCCAAGGCCCUGUCUCUGCUGCUUCACGCUGCUGACAUCAGCCACCCCACCAAGCAGUGGUCGGUUCACAGCCGCUGGACCAAGGCCCUCAUGGAGGAAUUCUUCCGCCAGGGUGACAAGGAGGCAGAGCUGGGCCUGCCCUUUUCUCCGCUCUGUGACCGCACUUCCACCCUGGUGGCGCAGUCCCAGAUUGGCUUCAUCGACUUCAUAGUGGAGCCCACGUUCUCUGUGCUCACCGAUGUGGCUGAGAAGAGUGUCCAGCCCACCGGGGACGACGACUCCAAGUCUAAAACCCAGCCCAGCUUCCAGUGGCGCCAGCCUUCUCUGGAUGUAGAAGUGGGAGACCCCAACCCUGACGUGGUCAGCUUCCGCUCCACCUGGACCAAAUACAUUCAGGAGAACAAGCAGAAAUGGAAGGAACGGGCGGCAAGCGGCAUCACCAACCAGAUGUCCAUUGAUGAGCUGUCCCCCUGUGAGGAAGAGGCCCCCGCCUCCCCUGCCGAGGAUGAGCACAACCAGAACGGGAAUCUGGACUAGCGGGGCCUGGCCCCGGUCUUCACUGAGUCCAGAGUGUUCGAUGUCAUCAGUACCAUCCAUUGGGACUGGCUCCCCCAUCUGCUCCGAGGGAGCAUGGACGUCGAGGAACAGAAAAUCCACCCAAAGGACGAAUGCCAGAGAUUGUGGGGUUGGGGGAAGGGCCCCUCCCCACCCGACACCCAUUGGGGCGCACUUUACUCUCCCGGUGGCAAGACUGGGGAACUUCGGGCUCCCAAUGGUCACUGUGUCCAUCCCCCUGCCUCUGGACUCUCCCCGUGGCCAGAUGACUGGUUGGAGGGGAGCUUCCUGGAGGUUUCCCAGGGCUUGGGGGGAGGGUCGGAGAUGCCAGCCCCCUGGGCCCUCCCCUAUCCUUUUUGCCUCCAAGUUUCUAAGCAAUACAUUUUGGGGGUUUCCUCAGCCCCCCACCCCAGAUCUUAGCUGGCAGGUCUGGGUCCCCCUUUUCCUCCCCUGGGAGGGGCUGGAACAGGAUAGGAAGCUGGGGGUUUUCCGAGCUCUGUGCACAGGGGCGUGGGCUCCUUCAGGGCAUGGCACCUUUCUAGGGCCUGGCAAUGGGGCAUCCUCUGUACCCCAGACCUGCACUGCUUCAUCCCCACCCCCGCCCAGACUCUGCAGUCUUCCCUCUCUCCCCUUCUGGAAUGGUGACUGGGGGAGGAGGUGCCAUAGCCACCGGGGGCUGAGAGGGGGACCUCUCCUGGGGUCCUCAAGGACUUGGGAUGGGUCUCGGCCCUGGGGCUUGUCACCUGCCCUGGCCGAGUCCUGAACCUGUCACCUCCUUCCCCUCCCCUGGGGCCAGGAGGCUCCCAUCCGACCAAUGUCUGUAAAGUGCUUUGAGGUCUCCCCAGAAAAGCACCUUCAGGAUGCAUCCUAGAGCUCAGGCAGGAGAGCUGGGUUGGGUUCAGGGCGCAUGGGGAGGGUGAGGUGUCCUCAGUAAUCCUGCGUUGCUGACAGAGAGGGUCCCUCCCCUCCCAGCCCCGGCCCAGGAGGCCCUUUCCUGGGACAAGUGGGGAGUAGCAGGUGGAAGGCAGCUGGGCAGGGGCUCCCGAGUGCUGCUGUCGCCGCCUCUGCGGCCAGCCCAGCCAGGCCCCCGCCCCUUCCUCUCCUCAGGCUCCUCUGGCCCCGCUCUGUCCCAGGAAAGGCCCAUGUCCAGUGACUGCCCUCCUCCUUCCUUGUAAAUACCAGACAUGCAUUUGUACAGUGGGCCCUGUGCGUGUGAAGUCGUAUCCACGGUCUUUCAGACCUGCCACCUGCCACUUGUCCCUCCUACCCCACCCAGAGCGGGGUAAGACGCAUGUGACUGACCCUUGUCCACGGUCUCUCGGAACCCUGCUAUAGCCAGAGAUCAAUAAAGAAGGGAGACCAGG